AUGUCGCCUGCGCAAGGCUCGCUAUUCAAUGCGCUGGUUCGCACGCAUCACAUCACGUCCCGCAAAAAGGUUGCCAACCUGAAAAAGGCUGCCGACAACUAUGACGUAUACGCCCUGCUGCGCAGCGGCGGCUGUCCUGGCAUCAUGUACUGCUCUGGCAAUGAGGAUGGUGUGAGGGAAUGGGUAGCAGCUGUACACCGGCUUCGCUAUAAAGACUUUCAAUUAGCAGCUCGUCCGGCCCUAGCCGAACCGCAAAAUGCAGCAGCUCAAACUGCGCCGAGCAAAAAGACUAAAGAGCCAAGAGGUCUCCAUGAGGUUGACACGGUGAAAGAAUUUGGAGCCAUCAUGGAACAGCGCGGCGUCCUCUCAUGGUGGAGGAAGGGCAUGGGUUAUGAAAAGCCCGAUGACUGA